AUGAAAGAAAAUGCUUUGAAAGCGGUCAUAUUUGAUAUGGGCGGAGUGCUAAUUGAUGCGCCGUUUGGAUUUUGGAAAGAUAUGGAGACAAAUCGAACGUUCGAUGGGGGUUCGCUUGUUUCUACACUAUUCAAAUCUCCUAUCAAAGAGCAUUUCGAAGCGCUAGAGCGAGGAGAGACCACAGCGGAGGAUUUUGACCCAUUGUUCACUCAUUUCUUUAACAAACAGCACAACCGCACGGAGAAUCUUAUCCCGAUCAUUUCUUCUGUUAUCAAUGGGAUCCACAACAAGAAGAUUUUACCGGAGAUGGCUUCUCUGCUAAGAGACUUGCGCUCAGUUGGAAUCAAAACAGCCUUGCUCACAAAUAAUUUCUAUGCUGACCGAGCCCGCCUUUCCCCAACGAUUCCGAGAGGCAUCGAGAAAUAUUUCGACGUAGUUGUAGAAUCGUGUAGGACUGGUAUGCGAAAGCCAGAAUAUGCUGUAUACAAUCACGUGUGCAAUCUCUUGAAGGUCAAACCAGAAGAGUGUGUGCUACUCGAUGAUUUGGGUGCGAAUGUCAAAGCUGCCAGGGCCAUCGGCAUCUUCACUAUUAAAGUCACAUCUCCCCUGCAAGCUACUGAAGAAGUAAGGAGCAAACUGGCAGAUCUUUUCGAAUUUCCGCCAAACACUAGGGAUUGUUUGCCAAAGGAAAGACUACCAGAGGAAAAGUUGCAAAAGUUUAUCCAAAAGGAACUGGGUUUGGCUGGGUGCAAUCCAUUUAUCGUUCGUCGUUUCGGCCAUGGACAGUCAAAUCCUACCUAUUAUAUCAAAGCUGGAGAUACGGAGCUCGUGCUAAGAAAGAAGCCGAGCGGCACCUUACUACCAAGAGCGCAUCAAAUCGACAGAGAAUAUGUGGUAAUGAAAGCACUUCGAGGCACAUUGCCCGUUCCAAAAGUUCUAGUCUACAACGAUAGCCUCCUUGACACACCAUUUUACAUCAUGGAAUACACAAAAGGUCGAAUAUUCAUGGAUCCAACCCUAUCUGAUAUGGAUCCAAAGGAUAGAAAGGAAAUCUACGAAGAAGCAAUUACUACUCUGGUCAAGCUUCAUAGAACUGAUUUUUACAAACUUGGGCUGGAGAAUUAUGGCAGAAAAGACGCAUAUAUGGCAAGGAAUCUCCAACGAUGGUCAAGAAACUAUGAGAUGGCAAAAACAGAAGAGAUAACAGAAAUGAAUCAUCUGCUGCUGUUUUUGGGGAAGAAUUUACCGAAGGACAAUCAUACCGCCACCCUAGUACAUGGAGAUUUUCGGCUUGACAAUCUCGUCUUUCAUCCUACCGAAAAUAGGGUCGUUGCCGUGCUGGAUUGGGAAACUUCUACAAUUGGGGACCCACUCUCAGAUCUCGCAACAUUUCUAUUCGCUCACUACAGCCCGAGCAGAAACAAUCUUUUGGCUGGAAUGGGACAUCUAACCGAACGCGAUCUCCAAGAUCUCAAAAUAUAG